AUGGAGUUGCUGAAAGUGAAGCGGUACGCGGAGCUCAUCGAGGAGUUCGCCAGGCAGGCAGAUGAGCUGCCCCCCCCGGAGCGGGAAACAGCCCCCCAGAAAAAAGGAACUAGCCAAAAGGAAAAAAAAGAUGUUAUAGAAAUUAUUGAGUACUUUGCAAAUAUCCUGGCGAGGUACUUCUACAGUGACUACCAGCAUGAUGACAUCUCCAUCGUAGAUUCUGGGUUCGACUGCGAGCAGCUGUGGCUGUUUAUCGAGUGCCUCAUAAAGGAGAAGAAGCUGGAGGGGUUGCUCUCCUUUUUUGAGCGUUACGAAAGGGGGUUGGACAGUCGGGUGGACAGUCGGCUGGAGAGUGGGAGGGGGACCCAAGUGGGGGAAGAAGCAGAAGAAGAGGAUGAUGAUGAUGAUGCCGCACUGGGGACGGCGCAGAAGAGACGGGCAGGCAACCGGGUGAAGGUGAACGUGAGAGCGCCCGCGUCUAAGAGGAGAAGGGUGAGCCCCUCAUGGGGGGGGGCACAGCUCAGCAGCGAUGCCGCCAUUAGCGUCGAGAGUGACGAUGCCCCCGAGGGAGACCACUUUUUCGACGAGGAUGAAAUGCAGCAGUUCCUCGAUGAAGAGGAGAAAAAAAUUGUGAGCGGCCAGUCGGGGGAGAGCGAUAGCGGUGGCGAGGUGGACCUCAACGAGUUCGAGGGAGACUACGAGGAGGGGGGCCAGUUGAAGUACGGAGAUUUUUACGGGGGGGGUGAAGAAGAAGAAGAGGAGGAGGAGGAAGAAGAGGAGGAGGAAGAAGAAGAAGAGGAGGAUGACGAUGAGGAGGAGGAAGAAGAAGAGGACGACGAGGAGGAAGAAGCGGAUGACGACGACGACGACGACGAAGCGGAUGAGGAAGAUGACGACGACCUCGGCUCGGAGGACGAACGGGCCCGAGACCGGCGCGGGCCGGACCGGCGCAGCCGAAAAGAGAGGGACGAAGAAAUCGAGCGCGAGUUGCGCGAGAUGAACCAGUUCGACAGCCAGCACCGGGGGGGAGGCGACCAGGUUGGGAGUGAAGCGGAGGAGGAGGCUGGAAGCGGCCGCGGGGAGGAGACCCCCCAAAUGGAGAGGGACAAAGUGGAGAGGGAGCUGAUCGAGAAGAAGCACUGGUCGCUCACGGGAGAGGUGUCCGCGCACGACCGCCCGAAGAACAGCCUGCUGAGCCUUAACGUGGAAAUCCCCAAAUUGAAUUCCGGGGGGAACGACGCGUAUGUUAGUAAAGCAGUUGGUGAGGAGGAGGACGACGACGACAAGGAGGAAGAAGCAGUUGGUGAGGGCCGCCGCGACGGAGGGAAAACCCCCCUGAGUAGGAACAAACGAAGGAACCUGCUGAGCGACGAAAUCGAAAGGGUGGUGAAGCAGAGGAUCCAAAACAUGCUGUUCGAUGAUGUAGAAAAGAAGCGAUUAGAAGAUUUGGACGUCCUGCUGAACGAUUCCAAAGAGAGAGGAGAUGGCAAAGAUGGCAGAGAUGGCGACGUCAGUUUUGAUCACCUCAACUUUAGCAAAAGCAAGCUCAGUCUAGCAGAGGAAUACACAAAAAAAUAUGAAGAAGAAAUAAAAAGCAGUCGAUCUGAAAAGAAAGAAAUUAAUUUGCAAAAAUUGGAGCUCAUGAAUCUCUAUAAGAAGAUCAUCCACUGCUGCGACUCGCUGAGCAACGACUUCUAUGUUCCCAAACCGGCACUACUAAAUGCUCCAAACAGGAGCGACCAGUUUGCCAGCCUCCACAUCGAAGAGACUGUGCCCAUUAUCCUGUCAGAGAAGGACAGACGUGCUCCGGAACAGCUGUUUCAACCGGGGCAUAUAAAACAAUUGGAAGAAAUGCAUCAGAAGGAAAAGAAGGCGAUGCGAAAGUCUAAGAAAGUUAAGAGGAAGAAGAAGCUGCUUCAUCAGUUUGGGGUGAGUGAAUUAAAAAAGAGGAAUGAGCAUUUGAGUGGCAAGAAUAGGGAGGCCAAGGGGGAGAAGGAGAGCGCCGCGAGGUACGGAGUGGGCUCCAGGGACCAGCUGCGCGCCCUGCCGCGCACUCGCUACGACUUCGCCGGGGCCAUCUCCCGCGCGCAGGCCCGCGACGCGGCGGGGAAGCGGUGA